UUAAAAUUUCGCCAAAAGCUUUUUAUUUGGUUGAUUAGUGUAGCUCGAAAUAGUUGGGAUGUGAGUUUUCCACAACAGUUGCGUUUGUCCGAAGCAAAUCUGAUGUGAGGGUGUUCGUGUCAUAUGGCAGUGUUGAAAGGUUGUACUGUACAUAAUUGUUCUUGCCCUUGUUUCAAGAAAAGGCUUAGCAUCAGAUUGUAAUUUUUAAAAGUACUUGAACUUCAGAAAGUGCUUAUCCAAGAUUUAGAGUGCCAUUUUAUCCGGUGCUUCUAAAGACAUUCUUUGCUUCCCUUAGCACCAAGACCAGCAGAUACUUUGCUUCAGUAACUCUAUGCUUUUGAGUUUUCAGUUCUCUUAUAAAGGGCUUAGCCUUUCAAGGCAAUCCUUCGCACACAUAAGUUACUUUUAAUUUGCUCUGGUUUUCGGUUUCUUUUCACAGAAGACGCGACCUUUACCUGUUUUAGCAGUCACUGAAGCCAGGAAGCUAUGGGAUUUCUGACACCGAUUUGUGAACCAAUAAUGUUCAUAUGGGCUCUGAUUACACGAUGGUUAAAGUAUCAACAAAACUUUGAAGUUAAUAAUAUGAACACUCUAAGAGGAAUGUUGGAAGAUCUAAUUAGCCAAGGUGAAGAUAUAAUCGAAAAAAUAGAGGCCGAGCCUCUCCUUCCAAGUAAACUGCAACGCGAUGAAGUCUAUGAGUGGUUAGAGAAUGUGGAAAGGAUCAAAACUCAAAUACUAACUAUUGAAAAACUCGGCGAACGGAAAUUUCUCUCGAUUGCACAUCUUGCAAAGCUUGUUGAUGAAAAAAUUGGAGAAGUUGAAGAAUUGCUCGAAAAGGGUAGUCUCUUUAGUGAGAUUUCCAGUAAGAAGUUGUUUAAGUAUGUGAUCAUCGGUGGUGGAGUUGCAGCUGGAUACGCAGCAAGGGAGUUUGUCAAGCAAGGGCUUGAACCAGGUGAGUUAGCGAUCAUAUCCAAAGAAGCCGUUGCACCUUAUGAACGUCCGGCACUUAGUAAGGGCUAUCUGCUUCCUGAGGGAGCUGCAAGGCUUCCGGGGUUCCACGCCUGUGUCGGAAGUGGAGGAGAGAAGCUGCUUCCAGAGUGGUAUGCGGAGAAAGGCAUUGAGUUACUUCUGAGCACAGAAAUAGUCGAAGCAGAUCUUCAUUCAAAGAUACUCACUAGUGCAACCGGGGGAAUGUUUGAAUUCGAAACUUUGAUCAUUGCAACUGGUUCCAGAGUAAUAAGGUUGACAGAAUUUGGUGUGCAAGGAGAUGAUGCCAAAAACAUUUUCUACUUGAGGGAAAUCAGCGAUGCCGAUAAACUUGUGGAGGCAAUUAGAACCAAGAAAAACGGAAACGUAGUGAUUGUUGGAGGAGGGUACAUUGGUCUUGAAGUCGGAGCAGCUAUUAGAAUCAACAAGUUCAAUGUCACCAUGGUUUUUCCGAAACCGUGGUGCAUGCCUCGGCUUUUCACUAAAGAGAUAGCCGCUUUCUACGAGGGUUACUACGCCAAUAAAGGAGUUCAAAUGAUCAAGGGCACCACUGCAGUAGGGUUCGAUGCUGACACGAACGGAGAGGUAAAGGCAGUGAAACUCAAGGAUGGCAGGGUGCUGCAAGCUGACAUUGUUGUUGUUGGUGUUGGCGCAAAGCCUCUAAUUGAUUUGUUUGAAGGGCAAGUCGGUGAAGAGAAAGGCGGAAUCCAAACUGAUGGAAUGUUCGAAACAGAUGUCCCUGAUGUAUACGCCGUGGGGGACAUUGCUACUUUCCCUAUAAAAUUGUAUGACGACAUGAGAAGAAUUGAGCAUGUUGACCAUGCCAGAAAAUCAGCUGAGCAUGCUGUGAGAGCUAUCAGGGCAAGCGAGGAAGGGAAAUGCAUUGAAAAGUAUGACUAUGUUCCGUACUUCUACUCCCGUGCCUUUGAUUUGUCGUGGACGUUUUAUGGAGACAAUGUGGGCGAUCUGUUGCUGUUUGGGGACCCCAAUCCGGCAUCAAACCAACCGAAGUUUGGAGCAGCAUGGAUCAAGGACGGGAGGAUUGUGGGAGCGUUUUUGGAGGGAGGGACAGAUGCAGAAAACAAGGCUAUUGCCAAAGUUGCAAGGGCACAACCUUCAGCUGAGUAUCUGGAUACACUGAAAAGGGAGGGCUCUUCCCUUGAUAUUUCCAUGUUAACAAAUCCCCACAUAUAAUUUGGGAAGUGAGUUUAAUAGGUUACUGGAACUGAACUCUAUAUAUUUAUGUUGCACCCUCUAUAAAAUUCAACAGAUUGAUAAUGUGUGUCCUGGAUUUGAUAUUUUUCAAUUCUUCACAGUUCAUUCUCUGUAUAUAUUCCUUGGAUUGGAAAAGAAAAAUUGCCUUCAUAA